AUGAUUACUAUAAACAUAGAAACCCCAAAUCAUACUAGAUACUAAGGGUUACUUUAUAAAAUAGAUACUACUGAAAACACAAUUUUGUUACAUUCUGUAAUUAACUAUGGAAAAUCACAAAGACCUAUAAAAUAAAUCAUUUCAGAUAACAAGAAACAUAAUUAUUUUAUACAAUUUCCACUAGAAUAUGUCAAAACUGAUACCAUCAUCACUACUAAUAAUGGAAAUUCAUAUAAAGCUUAACUUCAAAAAAUAGAUACUUAUACUAAAUUCCCUAUUUUCUAGAAUAUCUAAUUAGUUUCUAAAUAAUGUUAAGAUAGCGAAAAAAUAAAUAUUGAUUUUAAGUCUCACAGAGUGAUUUCAAUCAAUUAAAAAUAGUAGAUCAAAAUGAAAUAAUCAGUUUAUAAUUAAAAUAAAUCUGUUGAUCUUAAAUAAUCAUAUCCACCUUGUCUCACUAAUAAUUACAGACAAUUAGCUAAAUUUAAAGAAUUCACAGAAUAGAUAGGAUGUAGACCAAAACUAAAGUGA